AUGCCGCCCACUCCUCAUAUCUGGCGAACGUGUCUCUCGCGGAGGGCGACAUUGUCGCGUCACUUCAGCUCUCCGGCAGCGCCCACGCCCGGCCACUCAAUAUAUGUAUCGGAGUCUACAGACCCGUAUUUCAAUCUCACAUUCGAAGAUUGGCUCUUUCGGCACAAGCACCCGGAGCAGCCGCUGCUGCUGCUGUACCGGGACAGUCCAUGCGUGGUCAUAGGUCGGAACCAGAACCCGUGGAAGGAGGUCAAUCUGCGCGCGUCGCGGCAGACACGCAUACCGUUCAUUCGGAGGCAUAGUGGGGGAGGCACGGUGUACCACGACUUGGGCAACACGAACUUCUCGAUCCACCUGCCCCGAGCAUCGUUUGACCGGCACGCGACAGCGCAGGUCGUAAUGAAAGCCGUGCGCGCCAUGGGCGUGGACGCGAAUGUGAACGACCGUAAUGACAUCUGUGUCGGGAAGGAGAAGAUAUGCUCCGCGUACAAGAUUGUGAAGGACAGAGCGUAUCACCACGGUACAAUGCUCAUAUCUACGCGAUUAGACACCCUUGGAGAGCUUCUGCGGUCCAACAAGGACACGAUGGAGACUCGGGGCGUCGCUUCCGUGCGCUCGCCCGUAUGCAACCUCCAGCAGUACCACGCCGAUGUAAGUCACGAAGGGUUCGUGCAUGCUAUGGUGGAGGCCUUCCGGCAAGAGUACGGCGUGCACGAGGAGGUACACACUGUACGAGACGCGGAUGCGUUCGGAAGUGUUGAAUACAUCCAACGAGGGAUAGAGGAAUUAAAGACUUGGAACUGGGCGUUCGGACAGACACCAGAGUUCACUUACAAGAUCGAGAAAGGUUUCGCCUGGGGACUAUUAGCGGUCGAACUGCGGUCGAAACAUGGUGUCAUCUUAUCGUGCACUUUCACACACUCUGAAACGAUGGAUCCAGCAUUGAAGGAGGGAUUGGGCCGGCUAGCGGCCAGUCUUGAAGAACAAAAGUAUGGGUCCGUGGAUGAGGGAGUUGCCGCAGGUGUUGAGGCCGGCGACGGCAGAUUAGUGGAGGUCUGGGAGUGGCUGAGGUCGCAGAUGGAUAGUUGA